AUGAAUUGUCGGCACAAAGCAGCGGCAGCAGCCGGAGCGCCGUCCCGGGUGACGCUUGCCAUCCUGUUGGCGCUACUCCUGGGCCACUCGAUGCUGCCACUGGUCGAACCGAAGAGCUACAAGAGCUCCUCGGUCGGGCGCACCGGUUCCGGUAUCAGCCUCGGUGGUAAUCGGGCCGCCGAGAAGGAGGCGGCAGCGGCCGCAGCAGCAGCAGCAGCAGCGGCAGCGGCAGCCGCUGCCGCUGCUGCUGCUGGCUCCGGGAACCAGGCAUCAUCCGCCGGCGCCAACCAGGGAGCGGCAGCCAACAGUAGUGGUAGCCACGGUGGCGGCAGUUCCAGUCUCGGUCCCGGUCGCGGUCUCCAUUCAGCCACCGGUGGUGGUCGCUUCUCGGGUGGUAGUAGCGGGAGCGGCAGCGGCAGUGGCGGCGGCGGCAGUACCAGCCCAGGGGGACCAGGCCACACCGGACACCUGAGUACGCUGGGCGGGGGUGGCCGCGGUUCGUCGCCGGCCGAGCAUCAGCUUAACAUCGGGCUGCUCGUACCGCACACCAACUUCGGCCGCCGGGAGUACCUCCGGUCGAUCAACUCGGCCGUGCAGGGGCUGCAGAAGGGCCGGGGCUCCAAGCUGACCUUCCUCAAGGACCACGAGUUCCAAACGUCCAACAUCCACUUCGACAUGAUGUCGUUAACGCCCAGCCCCACAGCCAUCCUGAACACGCUAUGCAAGGAGUUCCUGCACGUGAACGUAACUGCCAUCCUUUACAUGAUGAACUACGAAUCGUACGGGCGCAGUACCGCCUCCGCCCAGUACUUCCUGCAGCUCGCCGGCUACCUCGGCAUCCCGGUGAUCUCGUGGAACGCCGACAACUCCGGGCUCGAGCGGCGCGCGUCCCAGUCCGCGCUCCAGCUACAGCUAGCGCCCAGCAUCGAACACCAGAGUGCCGCCAUGCUCAGUAUACUGGAGCGCUACAAAUGGCACCAGUUUUCGGUCGUGACGUCACAGAUCGCCGGCCACGAUGACUUCGUGCAGGCGGUCCGGGAGCAGGUCGCCGCCAUGGAUCACUUCAAGUUUACGAUACUGAACUCGAUCAUCGUGACGCGCCCGAGCGACCUGCUGGAGCUGGUCAACAGUGAGGCCCGGGUGAUGCUGCUGUACUGCACCAAGAGCGAAGCGAUCGAGAUACUGCACGCGGCCGAGGAGCUUCAGAUCACCGGCGAAAACUACGUCUGGGUGGUGACGCAGAGCGUAAUCGAGAACACACAGACCCACCCCCAGUUCCCGGUCGGUAUGCUGGGCGUCCACUUCGAUACCUCGUCCGGUGCGCUGGUGAACGAGAUCGCGACCGCCAUCCGCGUGUACGCGUACGGUGUCGAGUACUAUCUGAACGAUGCGCGCAACACGGGCCGACGGCUCGAUACGCAUCAGCUGUCGUGUGAGGAUCAGGGCCGGGGCCGGUGGGACAGUGGCGAGGUGUUCUUCAAGUACCUCCGCAACGUGUCGCUGGAGAGUGAAUCGAACAAACCGAACGUCGAGUUUACGGCCGACGGGGACCUAAAGUCAGCCGAACUGAAAAUCAUGAACCUACGGCCGAGCGUCAACAGCAAGGGUCUGGUGUGGGAGGAGAUCGGUGUGUGGAAAUCGUGGCAGCAGCAGAAGCUGGACAUCCGCGAUAUUGCGUGGCCGGGCAACUCGCACACACCGCCCCAGGGUGUACCGGAGAAGUUCCACCUGAAGAUAACGUUCCUGGAGGAGGCACCGUACAUUAAUCUGUCACCGGCCGAUCCGAUCAGUGGGAAGUGUCUGAUGGAUCGGGGCGUCCUGUGCCGGGUGGCGGCCGAUCACGAGAUGACGGACAUCGAUAUGGGGCAGGCGCAUAAGAAUGGUUCCUUUUACCAGUGCUGCAGUGGGUUCUGUAUCGAUUUGUUGGAGAAGUUCGCGGAGGAGCUUGGGUUUACGUACGAGCUGGUGAGGGUGGAGGAUGGUAAGUGGGGUACGCUCGAGAAUGGCAAGUGGAAUGGGUUGAUCCAUGAGCUGGUGAACCGGAAGACGGAUAUGGUGCUGACGUCACUGAUGAUUAAUGCGGAGCGUGAGGCGGUGGUCGAUUUCAGUGAACCGUUCAUGGAGACCGGUAUUGCGAUUGUGGUGGCGAAGCGUACCGGCAUUAUCUCACCGACCGCCUUCCUGGAACCGUUCGACACGGCCUCGUGGAUGCUGGUUGGGAUCUUUGCGAUCCAGGCGGCCACCUUUAUGAUCUUUCUGUUCGAGUGGCUAUCACCGAGCGGGUACGACAUGAAGACGGUCCUCCAGAAUGGGCAAUCGACCCCGUACCGUUUCUCGCUGUUCCGGACGUACUGGUUGGUGUGGGCCGUCCUGUUUCAGGCUGCCGUUCAUGUGGAUUCCCCGCGUGGGUUUACCUCCCGCUUUAUGACGAACGUGUGGGCAAUGUUUGCCGUCGUGUUCCUUGCCAUCUACACCGCUAACCUGGCCGCGUUCAUGAUUACGCGCGAGGAGUUCCACGAGUUUACGGGGCUCGAUGAUUCGCGCCUUUCGCAUCCGUUCUCGCACAAACCGACGAUCAAGUUCGGGACGAUCCCGUGGAGCCACACGGAUUCGACGAUCUCGAAGUACUUCAAGGAGAUGCACUACUACAUGAAGCAGUACAAUCGGUCGAGCGUGGCGGACGGUGUAACGGCCGUACUGAGCGGACAGCUCGAUGCGUUCAUCUACGAUGGCACCGUGCUGGACUAUCUGGUGCAACAGGAUGAAGACUGCCGGUUGCUGACCGUUGGCCAGUGGUACGCGAUGACCGGGUAUGGGCUGGCGUUUAGCCGCAACUCCAAGUACGUCGGUAUGUUCAACAAGCGGUUGCUCGAGUUCCGGGCGAACGGUGAUCUCGAGCGGUUGCGCCGCUUCUGGAUGACCGGGACGUGCCGGCCCGGCAAACAGGAACACAAAUCAUCGGAUCCGCUCGCCCUCGAACAGUUUCUGUCCGCGUUUCUGCUGCUGAUGGCUGGCAUACUGCUCGCUGCGUUGCUGCUCCUCCUCGAGCACCUUUACUUCAAGUACUUCCGGAAGCGGCUCGCAAAGAAGGACCGCGGUGGUUGCUGUGCCCUGAUCUCGCUCAGUAUGGGCAAAUCGCUCACGUUCCGGGGGGCGGUGUACGAGGCGACGGAGAUACUGAGGCGGCACCGGUGCCAGGAUCCGAUCUGCGAUACGCACCUGUGGAAGGUGAAGCACGAGCUCGAUAUGUCCCGGUUGCGCAACACCCAGCUCGAGAAGGCGAUGCACGCGCACGGUAUCAAACCACCGCAGCUCAAGAUGGCGUCGGCCAGCGAUAUUAUCGGGUUGACGGCCGGUACCGGUACACCGGCCCGGGUGGGGACGGGCCGGUCGGGCGGUUUUGGUGGUGGUGGUGGUGGUGGGGGUGGUGGUGGUGGCACUGGUUGGACCGAGGGCGUCCCAUCCCCAGCUGCUCGGUAACCUCAGUCUCGGCGGUAGCGCCCAGGAUCUGUACCGCUGGUCGUACAAAACCGAAAUCGCCGAAAUGGAGACGGUACUG